GAUGCAGUGCAGCGACAGCAGCAACAAUGUUGAAGUCCUCGAGUCACAGCCACGUCCUUUUCUUGGUGCUCAUCCUCCUGGUCGGCGUGACGUGGUGCUUACCUUCGUCUGUAGGCCCCAAACUUGCCGAGAACCAUCAAACAAUUUUCCCCACGGCGCCACGCACCGAGGAUCCGUUCAAUAAACCAAUCGAAUAUGCGCGGACGCUCAGCGCCCCGGAUCCCGGGCUUCGGACGCAAGCGGAGUCCGAAAAUACGCGUGAGAUUCGAGACGCUAAGCUGGAGGGCAUUUCUCAAAGCCGUGCUGAACAGACAAACAUGGCUGAAGUCGAAAAUAUGAAAUUUUAUAGUAGCGUUCGUGGGAGCCGUGAAGCUUCAAUCAAGAAGGCAUUGGACGAUGUUGUGAUGAACACCAUCGUUCCAGAGGGCAGCACAGACCAACAAUUAAACACAGCUUCUGAAAUUUAUGGCAGCAGUAGUACUUUGAGUCUGACGAGCCAGGCAUCAAACGUAGACGUCUCGACAACUGGAGAAGACGUGUUUAUUUCAUCUGAAUAUUUGAUGGACACGAGGCUGCCGUCUAAAGAGAUGAUAGAUGUGAGCGUGCCGAGGAAUUUCACCAUAGGAUACCUCACAGGAUCUGAACGGCUUCCUGACGAUCAGGAAUACAAGAGGCCCGGACUUCUUAUUUCCGGCGCACUCACGCUCGCUCUGGACGAGAUCAACAGCAAGCACCCGCUGGUGGGUGGUCACCGUCUGACGAUGCAGGUGGCAGAGACGUACGGACGGGAGCGGCACAGCAUCCUGCAGACGGCGCGUCUCUGGACGUCCAACAUCUCUGUCUACAUCGGCCCCCAAGAGACAUGCGUGCACGAGGCUAGGAUGGCGGCGGCCUUCGGCCUGCCCAUGAUAUCUUAUUACUGCACUCACCCGCUGACAUCUGACAAGUCGCAGUUCCCGACGUUCGCGCGCACCCGCCCUCCUGACAUCCAGAUCAGCAAGUCCGUGGCAGCGCUGCUCAGGAGAUUUCAGUGGAAGAAGGUAAGCUUCCUGUUCAACGCGUCGCCAGAAGAAGGGUUCGGGCGCGUGGCGGUGACCAUCAAGCGCGUGUUGGCAUCACGCAACAUCAGCGUGGUGGUGCAGGGUGCGUGGCAGGAGACGUAUCAUCACGGCUACGGCCCCAACCCCUUCAUGCAGCUGCUGCGUGACACGCAGAACCACUGCCGCAUUUACUUGGUGCUCGGCCACUACUACGAGUUCAUCGGCCUCAUGACGUUGAUGGAGGAGAAAGGCCUCUUCGAUGAUGGCGAAUACUUCGUGGUGGGAGUAUCGUUGCAGCAAUACAAGCCUGACAAACCUGGUCUUUAUUUACGGGACUUCCUAAACGAACAGACCGACGAGACUACGCAGCGGUCUUAUCGUCACUUCAUCGGAGUACUCCCGUCACCCCCCAUGGGGAUGGACCAGUUCGCAGAGAAAGUGAACGACUACCUCGAGAAGGCGCCCUUCUGCCACCCCAACGCCCUGGGCAGAAUGGGCGGACUUAAGCGGAUACGAGCGGAGGCGGCGUAUCUGUACGACGCCGUGUACCUGUACGCCGAUGCCCUGAAUGCGACGCUGAAGGCAGGGGGCGACCCGCACGACGGGCAGCUCAUCAUCGCACACAUCCUCGGCAAGACCUACAAGUCUGCCAUGGGGUACAUGGUCCACAUGGACGACAGUGGGGACGCUGAGGGCAACUAUACCCUCAUAGGGCGGCGCCCCGACCCCGACCGGCCCGGACAGUUCGGGCUGUACCCCGUCGGCGUCUUCCUCUACAGCCGCGAGAACCACGGACUGCCCAAGCUGCAUCUGACGGGCACCAUAGACUGGCAGCAGGGCAAGCCUCCCAUCGACGAGCCGCCAUGCGGGUACCAGGGAGCGCGCUGUCGCUCCAUGGCGAUGGAGAUCGCGGCAGGCGUGGUGGGGGCGCUGCUGGCCCUGGUGCUGGUCGUCGCCUACGUCGUCUACAAGAGCUGGCGCUACGAGCAGGAGCUGGACAACGUGCUCUGGAAGAUCGACUACCGCGACAUCUGCGCCAAGGAGUGGGCCGCUAGUCACCUCGUUCUCAAGAUGGCCAAGAGUGGUCUGUACUCGAGCGCCCGCUGCAGUCAGAUCUCCCUGGGCAGCGCGGGCGACGCGGUGAGCACGGCGAGCGGCGGCUGUAGGGGCGGCGCCGCCAUGCAGGUCGCCACCUACAAAGGGCGCGUGGUCGCCGUCAAGACGGUCUCCACGCGACACGUCGACAUCACCAGGAGUCUUAAGAAGGAACUCAAGCGCAUGCGGCANACACGGGCAGACCUCACACGGGCACACCUCACACGGGCAGACCUCACACGGGCAGACCUCACACGGGCAGACCUCACACUAAGUUUCAGCGAUUUCGUCAAGUCCAUUACUCACGUCUUUAUUUCCUUUGAAUAUAACUCACUGUACCAGGAUAUCCUGAGUAACCCUGAUGUCAAACUGGACGCCAUGUUCAACGCAUCACUCAUCGGCGACAUCGUGAAUGGUAUGAUUUACCUGCACGAGUCCCCGGUGCGGUGCCACGGCAACCUUAAGACCUCCAACUGCCUCGUCGACUCCCGCUGGGUCGUCAAGAUCACCGACUUCGGCCUUCACACGUUGAGGUCCCAAGCGCCCUCUUACAUCACUUCAGAUUUCACUGCCCUCACUCAACAGGAAAGCGCAGCGCUGCUGUACCGCGCCCCCGAGCUGCUGAGGGAGGGGCUGGCGGCCUCCCCCGAGGGCUCCCCCAAGGGCGACGUCUACUCCUUCGCCAUCAUCCUCUACGAGGUGGGAGCAUCUACGCGUCGGCCGGGGAUGGGGGGCAUGGAGGGGUGCCUGGAGUGCGUGCGCGCGGUGCUGCGGGACUGCUGGGCCGAGAGCCCUGACGACAGGCCGGACUUCCGCGUCGUGCGCACACGACUGCGCCCUAUGAGGAAGGGCAUGAAGUCGAAUAUCUUCGACAACAUGCUGGCGCUGAUGGAACAGUACGCCAUCGAUCUGGAGGCGCUCGUGUCUGACAGAACGCAGCAGCUCGACGAAGAGAAGAAAAAAACAGAGGCGCUGCUCUUCAAGAUGCUGCCGCGGUCGGUAGCAGAGCAGCUGCGGCGCGGUAACCCCGUGGAGGCGGAGCACUACGACAGCGUCACCAUCUACUUCAGCGACAUCGUCGGCUUCACGCAACUCUCCGCCACCAGCACCGCGCUCGAAAUUGUUGACUUUCUGAACGACUUGUACACCUGCUUUGACGCCAUCGUUGGCAACUUCGACGUCUACAAAGUGGAAACCAUCGGUGAUGCCUACAUGGUGGUGAGCGGUGCCCCGCUACGCAACGGUCUCCGUCACGCUAGCGAGGUCGCUGGCAUGUCGCUCACGCUGCUCGACGCCAUCAGGAAGUUCAAAAUACGACACCGCCCCAGCGACACGCUCAUGCUUAGGAUCGGUCUUCAUUCUGGUCCGGUGUGCGCGGGCGUGGUGGGGCAGAAGAUGCCGCGCUAUUGUCUCUUCGGCGACACCGUCAACACCGCCAGCAGGAUGGAGUCCUCCGGCCAACCUCUCCGGAUCCACUGCUCUGAACCAGUGCGCAAUAUUCUCACUGAUUUGAAAGGCUUUAUCCUGGAGAAGAGGGGAUCCAUACCAAUCAAAGGGAAAGGCUGCAUGACCACAUAUUGGCUCCUGGGCAAAUCGACUGAGCCUCAGGCUGUGAUUAAGAUGAGGAGGAAUCCUACCGGCACCGAAAGCUGCGAUAAAAGCCCUACGAAGAAGCUGGCCACAAAGGACUCUUGCAUGAGCUUCUUGGAGGUCAAGGUUGACGCGACAGAACUGAAAGCCACCAGGAACUUAACUCAGGAGGAUCCGAAGAUGAAACAGGAGUCUUCCGGUUCCAAUAUCCAUAACGAUGAUGCGCUGGAUCUGCGCUGCAGAGAACAGGAUUUGCUGCAGCCGCUCAGGGACGUGUCAUUCGAGGAGACCUCCAAUAAAGAUUGUCCAUGUCAUCCUUCAGAAGGACUACAGAAUGUUCCGGCGGGCGAUGCCUCGGAUGAUUGUGUUUAUUCAAAGAAAACUACUGCUGUUCCCAUGGUCGAGAAAGAUGAUGCCGAACAUGAUCAAAAUGCAAAGAUAUCAAAAUGUCCAGACAAAGAAUCAAAUUAUCAAUUAGUAACUCGUGCCUCGGCUAGGAAAUAUUUACGUGAAAUGCUUUAUUUUUCUAAUGAAAAACGGAACUCGUGUCCUUGUAUCCAAUUUGUAGGCAAUGAUCAAAUUAGUUGUAAACUUUACCAAUCACCUCAAAAACUGUACAAUAAUUUGCUCAAAUACUCUGAAAAAGAAAAUUUAAAGGAAAGAAAAUCGGAAAUUGCUCUGGAAACCGAAAAUAUUUUAGAAAAGCCUAUUUCUACUCUAAAUUUUGAAACAAGAGUUGCGAAUCACAACGGGUCUCUCAAGACGAAGCCUGACUUUGUCGUAGGCCAGACCACUAAAUCACGUAUGCCAAGAUGUUCAUUUCGAGGAACCGCUUGCUUGAAGACCAAACUCGAGCUCUGGGAACCAAAUGAGUGUACGUACGACAAGCUUGCGUCGGAACUCAAGCCUCUGAUCGGCUCGCGUAAUGAUAAAGUAAGACCAACAAGACUUGCCAGACGCAAUUCUGACCCUGAGACUUUGGUUUAGGCUUUGGCAACUAGUCAUGUACGCAACCUAAUUUUCUGUCGCUAUAUAGUUGCUAUUAUGCGCACGCUGGAUUAAGUCUCGUUUUAAUUAUUGGUGUUGGUUUAAUUGAACCAAGCAUAAUAUAUUUCUAUGCUACGAUACUUUUUCCGAUGAGCACAUUACAAUGAUAGUUUUAUGUUAUGUUGUCAUGGGACCUCGUGAAACUAUUUAUUGUUAUACCAUACAGCAGUAGCAUCUUAAACAUCUAAUAAAAACGUAAUAAACAUCUUAAUAAUCUAUAAAGACCCCAACGAACGAUGGGAUCUAAAAUUACUUUUGUCAUUGAGUUACAAGAAAAAAUACUUGAUACUUGCAACAAGAUUAAAUCGAAAAUGAAUGAAGGCCGCUGUUAGAAAAUUACAAGUCGCAUUCUUCAAUUUUUCCAUAGAUCUAUCAUCCGCUUCUUAGUAUUCCAGAGCUUUCAGUGAGUAUUGUCAGCGCCAGAGCUGUACAUUCUAAUGAAGUAACAUUCUUGUGACGCGAUACGUACCAAAUUGAGCUUUGAACGAAACCCUUUGUAGGAAAGUUGAGACGAUCGAAAAAUUAUAGAAGAAAUAAUGAAAUUAUAGCAAGAGUUCAAUUGUUCUAUCCGAUAAUGUUUAAAUUUCCACGGGAGUCAGUGUCAUGAAUCAUAUCACAUGCAUUACUUUUUUAGAAGUGACUUUUACCUCCAAGCAACACUCAGUACAAGCGAGGGAGAAAGUAGCGAUGGUGUUUUGUAGAACAUGAUUGUACAACCUAUUUCUACAAAUAACAUUGGCGUGUAUAGGAAUCCGUAUUACUUAACCGUAUUCAUUUAUCUAUAAAAUUGCGUAUGUUUGUCCGGUGCCAUGCACAAUUAAUUACAAAAUAAUAUAAGUAAAACCGCUUUUGUUUGGUAAUUACACAGCGUUGGCAUUUAAUUAUAUUAAAAUGCCAACAAUGGUAAUAUAAUUACAUGAGCUUCGUGGCAGAUACAGCGGAAUUGUAGUUAAAGAAAUUUAAAAUUUUAAAAAAGGGACUGGGAUUUUUAUUAUUUUCCCUGUAAAUUAUUAGAUGGAUAAGGAAAUGUUGCACGUUUGUCAUUUGAUUAAUAGUAACAGGAAGUUGUUUUAUAUUAAAAUGACGUUAUAUAGAUAAAUUAUCAAAUAUUUUCGAAUAUUAGACGCUAGUGAAUCAAGUCGGUUGAUCAAUCGUUUAUAAAAAUUAUGUCUUUCUUCGGCGUCCACUCUAUAAAAUGCGUCUUUGAAGUUAUCAUUGCAAGUUUUUAUUUGAAAACUUGAGCAUUUUCCAGAAUAGAUUUAAGCCGAAUUAUAAUAGCCAAUGCUGAUGCUCUGUUGUCGAGUAGAUUCCAUUAAUGCAAUACAAAAUUAACUUGCAGUUUCAGAAGCAACGCAGGUUACAUUAUUAUAAUUUUAGAUAUUUUUAACCUUCAAGCUAAAGUAGCUAACACGUUUAUAUAUGCUGGCAGGUUAUGAUUUCUAGUCACUUAAAACUUCAUAGUCAACAGUGCUACCAAAGA